AACGGUCUUGCCAUGAAUCGCUGGUCAAAUCGAGUUGCUGUGGUGACAGGUGCCAGUGCUGGAAUCGGAGCAGCCUGCUGUCGGGAUUUAUUGGCCAAGGGAAUGGUCGUAGUGGGUUUGGCACGGAGAGAGACUGCUCGGUUCCAUACCCGCCCUUGCGAUGUCAGCAACGAGCAGCAGGUCAAAGAUGCCUUCACUUGGAUCGACCAAAAACUGGGUGGUGCUGAUGUGCUUAUCAACAAUGCCGGGAUAGUGCGUAAGCUCAACAUUACGGAUGAGGGAAAUUCGGAUGAUGUCCGCGCCAUACUGGACGUCAAUGUACUGGGAGUGACCUGGUGCACUCGGCAGUGGUUCUUAUCACUGCAGCGCCGCAAGGUGAACGAUGGUCAUGUGGUAAUUAUUAAUAGUGUGGUCGGGCAUGGUGUGCCAGCUGUGGAUGAGUUCAGCCUCAAUAUGUAUGCGCCCUCCAAGCAUGCCAUCACCGCCUUAACCGAAAUUCUAAGGCAGGAAUUCAACAAAAAAGGCACCAAGACCAAGAUUACAAGCGUCAGUCCCGGCGUUGUAGACACGGAAAUUUUCGAAGCUGGCUCUUGGGAACAACCCAGUGGCGUACCCAUGUUGCGAUCGGAAGAUAUAGCAGAUGCCGUAUCUUAUUGCAUCCAAACCCCGCCAAAUGUACAGAUACAUGAGCUUAUUAUCAAGCCUGUUGGUGAAGCCUUUUGAGGUGUCCACUUCAAUAGGAUGGCCAAGUAUGUUUUUGUUGAGCAAAAAAAACAAACUACUUCAGUUUACAUAGCUGUCUAAAUAACAGAAAUAUUUUAAUAAAAAAAACAUACCCGUGACCUUCAUUAUCGGAGGUUUAAUCGAUCUAA